GAAGAACAGGGCAGUCCUAUAAGAGCAGGCGACUGAGGGGGGCUGAGCUUGAAAACAAUGCUGAGUGCCUGAAGACAAGAAGCACUCUGCAACUUGCACGACUGGCUGGCUGCCUAUCUACUACACAAUUACGCUUCUGCACUUUUAUCAAGCAAAUCUGGAUCAAUCCUGAAUGAAGUGAAAUCCUUGAUCUUACACAUUUGAGACAGGCCUGAAAGCAACUGUGAUUCUCAUCUACAACACAAUUAGAUCAUGACAUUUUACCUGAUCAUUUGAAUGACAUUGGAGUCUCUGGUACUGUACUGAAGUGGUUCCAUAUUUACCUCAGAGUUCGAAAGGAGUUUGCUGCUAUUGGGAAGCAUAAGUCAAAAACUAGCUUUGUUUUUUCUGGAUUUCUGCAGAGAAGGAACCACUUUCUCAAUCAUUCUGGCUAGAACUGGAGAGUAUCUUAAUGUCAUUAUUCAGGAGUAAGAUUGGUCUGUAUGAUGCAGAUUGUGGUGACUAAAGCUGUUCUUGCUGUCAUGCCCAGGAAAGAUAUGUAUCUAUAAACCAACAGUUGUUGGUAUCCUGCAAAUCAAGAAAAUGGAGAAUUCAUCUUCGGGAACAGGGAGCAUUUCAAUAAACUGCACCAAGUCUGGACGACAUAGUUAUAUUUUUAUCAUGAUUCCAGUUGUUUAUAGUUUUAUAUUUAUUGUGGGAUUUUUGGGUAAUAUCAUGGUUGUCCUUAUGAUCUAUAAAAUCAUGAAGUUAAAAACAGUGGCGAAUGUUUUUAUGCUGAACUUGGCACUAGCUGACCUGUCAUUCCUGAUCACAUUACCCUUGUGGGCAACUUACACAGCAAUGGGCUACAGGUGGCUAUUUGGUAGUAUCCUGUGCAAACUGACCUCAGGUCUCAUCACCUUCAAUUUGUAUGCAACAAUAUUUCUUCUUUCAGGUCUGAGCAUAGACCGCUAUCUUGCUAUAGUGAGACCCAUGCAGUCACGACCUAGACGUACUGUACUGUAUGCAAGAAUUACUUGCAUUCUCAUAUGGAUCUCUGCUUUUUUCUUAAGCUUGCACAUUAUGUGCUAUCGGGAUGCCAUACUGAUACAAAAUCUCAACAUAACAGUGUGUGGUUUAUAUGACUCAAGCAAACUCAAAGAAAUUGCAUUAGUGAAUGGCUUACUCAAAAGUAUUUUGGGAUUUUUCAUUCCCUUGAUAAUAAUGAUUACAUGCUACUGUCUGAUUGGCAAGGCACUGGUGAAAGCAUAUCAAAUUCAAAAGAGCAAAUACCAAAGUGAUGAAGUCCUGAAGAUGCUGGUUGCCAUUGUAGCAGCUUUUUUCAUCUGCUGGGUGCCCCAUCACAUCUUUAACUUUAUGGAUGUGCUUGUCCAUUCAAAAGUAAUACAGAAUUGCCAUAUAGAAGAUAUAAUUGACACAGCCAUGCCUUUCACCAUCUGCUUAGCUUUCCUCAAUAGCUGUCUGAAUCCUAUAUUAUAUGGGUUUGUGGGGAGAAAUUUUCGGAACAAUAUGAAAAGGCUGCUAAAAUGUAUGCCACCCCUAGCAAAAUCGCAUUCAAGCCUUUCCACAAAGAUCAGCUCCCUCUCUUACCGUGGAUCUGAAAGCUUUCACUUAACAGCAAGCAAGCAGACUACACCUAUUGGUACCUAUUGAAUGAUCCAAUAUGCAAAAGCAUCAAUCUAAAAAAAGAGAAGGAAGGGCAUCAGGUGACCAUUACGUUAAAUCACCUUGUAUUAAUGCAUGCUGGUAAAGACAGUUACUGUGUAUUAAGAGCCCACACAAAAUGUCAAAAGGAACUUUUCGUUAUUUAACUGGAAGUAUGAUUUUCACGGCAGGGACCAUAUUAAAUUACUGCAUAGGUACAGUGAAGGCUUUUUUUUUUAGCAGAAAUGCAAAUUUAUAUAAGAUCAAUCAUCUUAAUUCACUUCCCAAAGGUCAGAAACUGCACUAGUGAAUUUUUAUCUGGAAACUUUAGUGUGCUCUGUUCAAAUGCCCAACAUCUCAGAAGAGCACACACUCCUUAGACUACAAGAUCUCUGGGCACAUUUCCAGUUUAAACUGUACCUCUUUAUCUUUUCAGCUUUGCUCUUUUCAGUUUAACAUACUGGGUUUGGUAAGAGAAGAUAUUUUUACCCAUUUCUAUACAAACUUAUGUGGCAUAAAACUUCUGCCACAAAGCAAUGUAACCUUUUUAUUUAGUUUGGCCACUUUAUAUAAUUUCUAAAUCUUUAUGGGAUGUUUUAAUGUAAAUCUAAUUCUACUUAUGCCAAUGCAUAUACUCCUAAAAUAAACCUGGGUGAUGAUAAUGGUUUCACAUAAAAUAUACAGUAUAUAUUUAUUGCACUGGUAUUUUUUUUAUUAAUAUUACUUUUAAUAACAUUUACCUAUGUGAAAGAACUAAAAUAAACAGUAUAUGGUAAUACCAUUUAUAUCUUAAAUUAUGUGAAAUUGUUUCCAUUGGUUUACUAUGGUCCUGAAUUUUAAACCAAAAGGUUGACAGUUUAAUACUCACCUGUGACUUACUGUGACCCUGAAAAAGUCACUUACCCUGCCUGUGCUCCAAAUGUAAACAUUUUCUGGUAACAGUUGUAUACUAAUAUUGUAGGGUGUCUUGAACAAAAGUGUCAGCCAGAUAAACAAUAACAAGAGACACUAAAUAGUUUUUCUUCAAUAACUAAGCAUUCUCUGCAAAGCUGAUGGCUAAAGAGCCAGUAUCAUUUCUAACCAUAAUGGAUGAAUAACUAGGUCUCCCUGUCCACUACAGAUGAAGCAAAUUUGUACAUUUUGUAAAUAUGCAUGUAUUGAAAAUGCCACUAGUAUCCCCAACGGAAAGUAGUUUCUCUCUUGAAAAUAAUAUUUUUGCUGCAAUACAGUGCAUCCGGAAAGUAUUCACAGUGCAUCACUUGUUCCACAU